AUGGCUUCUAAUCUUUGGCACCAUGUGCUUGCUACGAUUUCUAUCGCGUACUUGGUGAAAUUCACGUCAGCACCUUCUAAAAGUGACGAUGAGGGAAAGUGUGAAUUAGUAGGAACCUUUUCACUACUAACGCAAGCAUUUUUGGGGCUCUUGUGCUUACUGUCACUUAUAGUGAAGCGAUUUUAUGAGUAUCCAGUUCGCCGAACAUGGCCCGUGUGGUUUUUUGACGUGUCUAAACAAGUUAUUGGAGCUCUAGGUGUGCACGUUUUCAAUGUGUUGCUAUCUAUACUCAAGGCGCUGCCUAACGACGCCGUGCCUUAUGGCGAUAGCCUUCCGGACCCUUGUGAAGGAGAUGAUGACUGUGGGGCAGAUCCCUGCGAUUGGUACUUUCUCAGUAUCGUUCUAGAUUGCACGAUUGGUGUAUAUGUGCUUUAUGUGGUGUUGAUGGGAGUCAGUCGGGUUUGUAAGCGGGUAUUCCAUAUCACUCAGCUCGAGAGCGGUGAAUACGGACCAAAUCCACAUAAACCGUCGGUCACCGCGUACUUUAAGCAAUUGGCCGUCUAUUUUGGCUCGCUUAUGAUCACAAAGUUUGUGCUUUAUGGGUUUGUUGAGUGCUUUGAGACUCAGCUUCUAUGGAUCACCAGCCACAUUUUGUUGGCGUGGCUCGACGAGUAUCCGAACGAGGUCGAGAUAUUUAUUGUGAUGUUCGUGGUGCCGGUGUUCAUGAACUGUCUUCAGUUGAUUCUAGUGGACAACUUCAUUCAGAACCAAUUUGUCCUUGAGACAAAUAGCAAGCUCAACCGUGAGCACAUGCAGCAUGUAGACGACGAACAACUUGAACGUGAUUUAGAGCGAGAAUUUGAACGGCUAGUCAAGUCCCAUUCCCCUGAGAGAAGCUACAGUUCUGUGGAUAACUGA